CGAGGCUUGCACUUACUAAUCCCAAUCUCUGCAAGUAAUUUUUAUGUUACUUGUUUUCGGUUAGGAUGAUGCGGGAACAGCUAUUCGCCUUGUUGCUUCUUGCAGCGGGCUGCCUGGCAAGAAAUAAUGGCGUUAGCAGUAAUUUAGUAAAUCGUGAAAUCACACGGCAUAUUGAUUUGAAGACGCAAGUUGCCCACAUCAGCUACGAGUAUGUGAUUGAGAAUACUGGAUCGAGUGCUGUCCCUAAUUUCUUAUUUGCUUUGGAGUCACACCAUGGCAAGCAGCUGUCCUUCCUCGGAGCUACUGAUGACGAAAAGAAUUCACUGAAAGUCACUGAGAAUGUCGAAGUUCAACCUUCAAGCAAUGCAUACUUUGCACGAAUUGCUUUCGCCUCGCCUCUUGCUGCCGGUGCAAAGACUACGGUGACUGUGUCAGCUGUCAUCCCUGCCAUUGUUACCCCGUUCCCGGCUGAGAUUACACAGUCCGAGAAGCAGCUUGUGCGCUACUCUGGAAACCACUAUGUGCUGUCUCCUUAUGCUACUGACAGCCAGACCACCAGCGUGGAGCUAGCAAACAAGAAUGUCGAGUCGAUGAGCCGUCUCCAGCCCGUCAAUGUCAACGAGGCCAAGAUCAAGUAUGGCCCGUACGAGAACGUUGCAGCGAUGGCAUCUGAUGAGCUUAGCUUGCACUACGAGAACAAUGCUCCCUACCUGUCCAUUCGCGACCUUGACCGCAAGAUUGAGAUCUCUCACUGGGGCAACGUUGCUGUCGAGGAAACCAUUGACAUGGUCCAUGCUGGCGCUAAGCUGAAGGGAUCUUUCUCUCGCCUGGACUUCCAGCGUAACCCCGCCCAGGCUGCCCAGGCUGCUGUACUUCAUUUCAAGACCAUCCUGCCAGCCACUGCUCGUGAUGUCUACUACCGUGACGAGAUUGGUAACAUCUCCACCUCGCACAUGCUGGAGAAGGAAGACUCCGUUGAGCUUGAUAUCCGCCCUCGCUUCCCUCUCUUCGGUGGCUGGAAGACACACUACUACACUGGCUACAAUGUACCAUCUCAUGAGUACCUGGAGCGCUAUGGCAGCCAAUAUCGCUUGACAAUGCGCGCUGUUGACCAUGUGUAUGAUGACCAGCACGUUCAGAAGCUUACUGUACGCGUCAUUCUGCCCGAAGGUGCAAAGAACAUCAAGGUUGAAACUCCGUAUACCAUGGAGCAGGGACCCCAGACGCUGCACUACACCUACCUUGACACAUUUGGCCGUCCAGUUGUGACCCUAGCUGCAAACAAUUUAGUGCAGGACCAUAUCCAAGACUUUGUGUUGACGUACGAGUUUGACAGCACAAUAAUGUUGCAAGAGCCUCUCCUUGUUGUGGGAGCUCUUUACCUGCUCUUCCUCGUCGUCAUCGUCUAUGUUCGUCUCGACUUUUCACUGAAGCCAAAGCAGGCAUAAUUUUGUUUAACUUAGCUACUGCAUGUUUCUAUUGAAUCUCAUUAUUUGAAGCCGACUUUUCAUGUUUCUCAAAUAGUCUGUGAAUAAAUAACCUUCCAAACACAUA